UUUCCUACCCACCAACUAACCCAAUUGCUCCAAAUAAAUAAAUAAAAUUGCCUCCAUUUUUUACUGGAGUUGCCAAUUUCCCAUCACCUUCCUCUCCCCCAACAAAUUUAAACCAUUCAAAUUUCAACACCACGUUGGUGUUGGCCCUUUCUCCUCUACUUUCCUUUAUUGUCAAACUUACAAAUACAAAUAUUACUCAAAAAUCCAAACACUAUACAACCAUCAUACAAAUAACGAGAGAAACAGUGAAGCAAAUUGCUCAUGCCAAAACCAUGAUGCUAGAGCUCCCUUUCAAUGAGAACGAUUCCCAAGACAUGGUCAUAUAUCAAGUCCUAAACGAGGCGUCCAUGUCCCUCAGCACGACGUCGGUUAUGCCCAGAAGGCACCCUACUACAGCAACAGCUACUCCAUCGACAACGCCGACCGGCGCUGGGGGCGGAAAUGGCAACCAUCACUCCCUACCUGUCCGAAACAUAACCAUGAAGAAGCACUACAGAGGAGUCCGGCGCCGCCCAUGGGGCAAAUACGCAGCCGAAAUUCGCGACUCUACGCGCCAAGGCGCACGGGUAUGGCUUGGCACCUUCAAGACGGCUGAAGAGGCUGCUAUGGCUUAUGACAGAGCUGCCUUCAGUAUGCGUGGCGCCAAGGCCCUCCUUAACUUCCCAGCCGAAGUUGUGGCCGCCGCCGCUGCUGCAGUUCAGAGAGUUGAGAAAAUUGGGUCGGGUAAUAGCAGUUCGGAUAAUUCGAUGGUCACAUCAAGAUCCGAAUCGGAGGGCAGUACGAUUACGAGCGGGGAAAGGUCAAGAGCAGGCCCAAUAAUACAAGAGUUUAAGAUCCAAGUCCAACAAUAGGUACAAAAAACUCUUCUCUCUUCACCCACAGAAUGGUUCGGCCCAAGAAGAAGUGAGACAAAAACUCACACAAUGAACCAACAAUGGUUCGGCCCAAAUAGAAGAGAUCAACCCAAUAAAGAAAUGAAACCCUAGUUUGAAUCCCUAAUAUAAUAGGGAAGCU